UAGAUCUGCGAUUUCCAUUUUCAUUCUCUUCGCUUUGCAACGCUCAUUCACCACGAUGAACGAAAGGGCAGCACCGAGUGACACUUGUCAGGCGGGAGUAACCGUCCCUUAUUCAGAUUUAUUUAUGCCACCUCGCACUCUCAGUACAAACCCAACAGCUUGCGAAGGCGUAUACAUCGUGUACCGCGAAGCAUGGCCUACUCUGGCCCCUCAAGCGUCCCAGCUCAUCCUGACGACGUUUCAUAAUUACCUUUCUCCUUCACGAGUGCCCGAGUAUCAUUUCACGUAUCCCGAGAUGUUGCAGCAACGGCUGCACACCGCUUGGGUAGGAACUAACAUGGACAUUGCACGGCAAAAGUUACUACACACUGUUGGAGAGUGGGUGAGUAUGCCAGGUACCGUGCUGUACACGAACUGGGUUAGUGUGGACCUGUGUUACUUUUACACCGGAGAGAGCAUGGGAAUCAGCGAGCUGGCUGGGAAAGCGUGGAUUGAGGGGCCGUACUUUGUUGAUUGCAGUGGAUCAGGAGCGCAGUAAAUGACCUUACGGCUGUGUCGAAGUCGAAGACGAAGACGACGAAGACGACGACGAAGAAGAAGAAGAAGAAGAAGAAGAAGAAGAAACAGCAGCUUAUUAGCAGGUACGACAUCCAGUGACUAGCUCAGGG